UACAUAGUCUGCUGGAAUUACCUCAGUUCCUACAUUGACCCAUUGAUGAUCCCGCUUGAGAUCUCAAAUGGCACCCACCUCAGGUAGCUCUGUGUCCAGAAGCUGCAGCUACGACCAUUUCUUUCCAACGUGAGUUCAGCCUUCAAAUUUGACCGCCUCUCUUGCCGCAGUUGAUAUGGGGAUGGCAAGAAUUCCGGAGGAGUUCGUGGUCCAGCAGGCGAUCGAAGAAGACGACUGCAAUAGUCAUCGAUCACCCAGCUCGAAAGUAACAGCGGCAGUGGCGGAGGGGGUGUUCGUCCCGCCGCUGAACUUUGCCAUGGUCAACGACGGAGUCUUCCGGUCGGGGUUCCCCGAGACCACCAACUUCCGCUUUCUGGAGACCCUCGAGCUCCGGUCGAUCGUAUAUCUCUGCCCGGAGCCAUACCCGGAGGUGAACAAGGAGUUCCUCGAGUCCAACAGUAUCAGGCUCUUCCAGUUUGGGAUCGAAGGUCGCAAGGAACCCUUCGUCAACAUCCCAGGAGAGAGGAUUCGAGAGGCUCUCGAAGUUGUCCUCGAUGCCAAAAACCACCCGUUGCUUAUCCAUUGCAAAAGAGGAAAGCAUCGAACAGGUUGCGUCGUAGGGUGUCUGAGGAAGCUACAAAAGUGGUGCUUGAGUUCGGUAUUCGACGAGUACCAGCGGUUUGCUGCUGCCAAAGCUAGAGUUUGCGAUCUGAGGUUUAUGGAGCUGUUCGACGCAUCGAGCAUGAAGCUGCUGUCGACUUAGUGGCCCUCAUCCGAUGAGGUCCUCCGCUGCUUGAGAGAGGCCAGUAUUUGUCGGUCUUGUGUACUCCCAGCGAAUAACCUGCAGCGAAUUAAUUACUAGGAAUCAGUGUGAUUCAAGCACGUUAGUGAUUUGUAUAGCUUGUGGUGAAUGCAUCCGAGAGGGGCGCUUCUGCCAUCGUUUUCCUGCA